AUGAAAGGUUUAUGUCACCUAAGGAAUUAUUCGGGGCUAAAAAUUGUCCUGACUUUCCAGAAUGAAAGCUUCUUCGGAAUCCACGACGUGAGGCUCUACAAGAUGGGUGCUAUGGUGUUGCCAGUGCGACUGCUGGUGCCCUUCAGUCUUCUGCUGGUGUGUUGUCUGAGCCAGAAGGUGCAAGUAACCCGGACAGCGCUGCAUGUCGCUAGAAGCUUGAACCCAGACGCCAUGGAGGAGAUGACAGUUAAAACAAGAACCGGAGAAGUCGCAACACUGCUAGUCAAAAAGAGAGACGGUAGGCAAAACCUUCCAUUUGUAAAAGAAGAACUCUCAAGUACUAAAAACAACUCGUCUAGUAAUUCUACAAAGGAUCCAUUGAGUGUUCAGGCUGUGCCAAAACCAGUAGUGGUAUCGUCGGAGCCUAUAAAUACCAAAGAUGAAAAAGACAUUAAGCCAGUAGAAUCGGUGCCAAAAGACAUAAUCAGGAAUCCAAAAACAAAUGUCCACCAGAUUCCGGAACCAGUAUUCGUUAGAUCCACCCCAGUUUUAGUAAAAGGCCAACAAAAUAAUCUUUGGCAAAACAGAGCUCGCAGUCUGAUGACUAUCGAUUCAGACGGUAUUCCAGUAGUAGAAGGAGUAAGGAUGCCUGACGACGAGAGCGAUAAAGUGGUUUGGAGAAAUGCUCGUGUCAUCGAUGGAAAACUCACACCUUAUGACAAGACCCAGUCAAAACACAAUUUUGACGUGAAACCUAACACAGAUAAAAAGAAGAUCGCGUCAGAAUCAAACAUUCAAUGGAUGAAACUGGAACCAGUAAAACCGAUACCUCAAAAACAGUCAAUAACGACAUAUAAGAACCCUUGGAACAAUGUUCCAGCCCUUCCUCCACCGGCACAAGAAAAGUUUAAGCCAUCAGAACUGAUCGCAGUGGUUACUACUCCAAGCGCUCAGGAAUGGUAUGAAUUCCACCAUCCUCAGCAAGUUGUUCAAAUUGUUGAAGAACCUACAUCAUCCCUUCCAGAAAGUGAUAGAUAUGUUCGAGACAAAAUUUUGGAUUAUAUAAAACGAAUAAACAGGGACGAAGUGAUCCAAAGGCAGUACCCUAACAGGGACGCGAGGAAUUUGAAAGAGAUGAACUUGCAGCCUCAGAUUCAAGCCCGAGUCCUUCAUAAUCCAGGAGCACCUGUCUAUCCAACAUCCUUGUUAUAUUCUCCUCCAAGUCAGCAACCCUCACGAGUAUCUUUUGAGGAAGGAGUACGCACACCAGUUUUGCAAUAUGCCCAUCCUGAACUUGGCGUACAGCCUGCUAAAGUGGUCACGGACCCGGAACCGGAAGUCACUGAAAGCACAAAGGUACACGACAGGAGGGAACAAGCUCUUGCUUACUUCGCUCAUGAUAUCCAUGCAGAUAGGAGCCCUUACGCUUUCGAGCCUGGUCUAGAAGAUGAAGCUAGAGUUGAGGAUUUUAGCAACAACGGAAAAAGAUCACACAGCGAAGUCUCUCAGAGACCAAAGAAGACUCUACCAUACUUCUACGGUGACCAGGCUGUGUCAGACACUUACAAGGACAAAUACUACGGAAAGUACAGCUACAAUCCCAACAGCUACCCAAGCUACAGCCCUUACCAAAGUUCUGUAGAUGUGAGGCCUUUUUGGCAGAGGAUGAGUGACACCAUCAAGGAGCAUGUACAGUCGAGCAUGGAUAAAGUUAGUGACUUAGCUAGGCCAGUAAUGGAACCCCUAGUAGAGGCUUCUAAUAAAAUUUCGAAGAACCUUGGAUUGGAGACGUCAGGCUACAGAGAGUUCAACAGUUUGAAGGAGAAGCUAGGUAUGGCUGGCUCACCCUCGGUCAUUCUUCCGGCUUUGGGAUUGGUAGCUGGAGGCGCUGCUUUGGGAUUAGGUGCAGUUGCUGUCGGCAGAUAUUUGGAUGUCGAUGUGUUGAAGAGAAGCAAGGACUCUGACCUGGCUCUAGACGAUGGGUUGUCCGCGGAACACAAGCGAGCCAUGGAGUCUAUAGCCAGAAGUCUCGUAGACAACCCUUCAGUGCCGGUGAUGAGCGAACUCGCAGUCCCUGCAGAAGCCAAGGAAGUCAUGGAAGUAGUGAAAGCUGUGGAAGCCGCAGAGGCGGAAGAGGCUAGGAAGAGCGAGCUAACCGCCAGAAGGAGGCGGCGGUCGGUAGAUCCGGAAGAAGCGAUGGAGACGAUGCUGCAAAGUCUGGACGUCCAGAGGACUGGAGAGGGUACCAUGCCUUCGCAUGCCGUCUGGAGUACGACACCAUGCGCAAAAAAGGUCUUCUGCGAAGUGAUGUCCUUGCAGAGCGACGACUCAGUUCAUCUCACGGAGAAGAAGAUGGCAACAUACUUGAAGAUGAUUCACCCCAGCAUGGCAGACACAGUCGGCUACCACCUAGACGACGUGAUGAGGGCUGUGAGGACCAAGGACUGUUCGCCCUUCAAGUGCCCUUCAGUGACCUCUCGUCUCCUGGCAGAGUAUCCGGGCCCUAGAUAAGAGGUGCGGCGAAGGCACCUGCCCUAGGAACGUCCAGUGAUGGGACAACUCCUCAUUUUGAACUCAUCUCAUAUUACAUAGCUAUUUUUAUAAAAAGUAAAUUAGUUUUGUAUAUAAUCUAACAUUAGUUUCAAUAUUAUCAUAUUUUUGCAAAGAACUUAUGAAAUUAUUCAAGAGUGUUUUAUGUAUGGAAUAAUACAGUAGUCUAGACCCAAUUUGUAUCGUCAAAAAUGUUUUUCGGGGCCAAUAAUCCAGUAGCCAAGACCCAACUUGUAUUGUUAAAAUGUUUAACGGGUCAAUAAUCCAGAGGUCUAGACCGUCUAGUAGACCCUAUU